AUGGGACUUUGCUGUUCUCAGUCAGAGAUCCAACGACCAGAUCAGAUAUAUGCAUCAUUAGUUCUUCCAAAACCACCGCCAAUAGAAGUUAAUGAUAUAAAACCAGAAAGUGAUGAUAUUCCACUUUUCGCACCAGUAUCUUCGGAUGAUGAUGACAUAGAAAUUUCUGACACUGGUCUUAAUGAUGUUUCUGAUGAUGAGGAUGAAGAUGAAAAUGAAGAAAAGGAAGAAGAGGAAGAAGAAGAAAAACCUGAAAAGGAAAAGAUGAAAGAAACACCAAAGCGCAGAAAGAAAUCAGCGUAA